AUGAUUUGCAAUAGGGCAAGGGUGAUUGUGGUGGGCACUCUGGUGUUGAUCCUACUAUGGCUGUCGUCCUCUUCGCUGCUUCGGCUCUACUACCUGCUUCGAAUGCCAUUCGUAUGGAAAGCAUCUUCAGCGGACGCGAUCAUAUCCCAGCAACACGACGACUUCGAUGUCACAUUCGCUGACUACGAUGCGAACUACUCCACCUAUGCGACAGGCAUACGACCAUACAUACCUAGGAGGAUCCAUCAUAUUCACCUCGGGUUGAAUUCGCCUCCGAAAAACUGGCUGGAUGCGAGAGCGGAAUGCCUCAAACAUCAUGAAUUCUGGGAGGCCCACCUGUGGACGGACGACAAUGCGGACAGCUUCGUGCAAGAAAAUUAUCCGCAUCUCUAUGCAAUGUGGACCAACUAUCCAUUCAAUGUACAGCGCGUGGAUGCGUUGCGCUACAUGAUUCUGCAGAAAUACGGAGGCGCUGUCCUCGACUUCGAUCUGGCGUGCAAGCGAUCGCUGGAGCCGUUGCGUCGAUUUGAAUUUGUCGCGCCGGCCGCAAACCCCGCGGGAUUCUCGAUCGGCAUGAUGCUCGCAACCCCCAACAACCCCUACGUCCAUGCGCUCGUUGACAAUCUCCCGGUAUACAACCAAGUGUGGCCAUUUUUACCAUAUGCGACCGUAAUGUUCAGUACGGGCUGCCACUACGCGUCGACCAUCUUUACCCUGCAAUCAAAUCGCACGAGUAUCCGGAUUCUCGCAGGACCCUCUGAUCAACCGAGAAUGCACAUGCUCAAUGGGGUAGUCAACACGCCACUUUUCAGACAUUUCGGCUCUUCUUCUUGGCACGGCAUGAUGCGCGACUGA